AUGGAAGGAUGGAAGGACAAAAAGACAAAAAGACAAAAAAGCAAUAAGCAUAUAUUAGAUGAAGUUCAAAAUAAAAAAAUGUCUGGAAACCGCCAUAUUCUCCCUGAGAUUACUGUGGGAGAGAAAAGAAUCAUUUCCAGCCUUGCUGGUAUGCAAGCUAACAUAAAAGCAGUAAAGUGUCAAUUGUCUGACAUGGGCAAAAACGUUGGUGUCAUUGUGGCAACCAGCUCUGAUAAUGCUGUACCAACCAGCACGGUUGCCAACCCUAUUUCUGCUCCCAUUGUUGCCACCAUCCUUGCUACUGCUAGUACCAAGAUCACUGCACCUCCCCGAGCAGAUUUUGCUGCGGGACCAAAUCCCAACUUUCAGUCAGACGAGCCCGCCUUGGUGCAGGCAAACAAAAAUAGACCCAGGUGGGCCACUACAGUUUGCUUUUGCCUUUCGCCUAACCAAGAAUUGGCUAAGAAUGUUUUUGAAUAUCUGGUGCUUAAGUUUGUUAAUGUUAGAAUGAGAGAGGCUGACCUGAACAAAUAUGUCUACACGACUUACUGCUUGAGUAAGCAUGAGCAGAACAAGGAUAAAGAAGCCAAGAAGAACACUUCAGACAUCGCAAGGCAGCAUACAAUAAGAACAGGAUUGCUAUUAACAAGAAAAUGGCGCAAGAUUGCUCUGCUCUGCUCAUCAGAGAAGCAAUGUCUGAAGUACAAUCGUUUGAUUAAACUUGUUGAUGAGGCUGUUAAAACUGAUUUGGGCAGCAAUGCCUAUCAGUUACUAGAACAAAUUUGGUUAAGAAUCACAGAUUCGGCAGUCCCAGAUGCAAUUGCAUCACAGUUACCUCAGUAG